UUCUUAUUGGACCAGACAAGUGUCACUCUGUUCCCGAGUUUUAGUUAUGCGCUGUUGAUAUGACUUGUUUGGAGCCUCCAGACCCACAACUGAUUAUAGACGCUCAUAUCAAGCAAAAGCAGUUCAGCCUUGACUGCAUAACCGCAUCAUCUAUGCUACUUGUACAUUUGUGUAAAUAGAUUUUUUUUCUAUAUUUUUAUAACGAGAGAACAACAUGGAACUUAAUUCUCUUCUAAUUCUGCUGGAAGCUGCAGAACACUUGGAAAGAAGAGACAGAGAAGCAGAGCAUGGGUAUGCGUCUGUUUUACCAUACGAUAGCGACUUUCCUGCAAAGAAAACGAAAUCUUCGCCUAUAAGAAAAACUCAGAACAACAGGUCGUCGCACAAUGAGCUGGAAAAACACAGACGUGCCAAGCUGCGGCUCUACCUGGAGCAGCUGAAGAAGCUGGUUCCGCUGGGCCCGGACAGCACCAGACACACCACCCUGAGCCUCCUGAAGCGGGCCAAGAUGCACAUCAAGAAGCUGGAGGAGCAGGACAAGAGGAACCUGAAUGUGAAGGAGCAGCUCCAGAGAGAGCACCGCUACCUCAAGCGCCGCCUGGAGCAGCUCUCCGUGUCGGGGGCCGUGGAGAGGAUCCGCACCGACAGCAUGGGCUCCACCAUCUCCACCGACUCCGAGCAAGACGUGGACGUGGACAUCGAGGGCAUGGAUUUGACGCCGGGUGAGCCCGACAGCGGGGACAGCAUCAGCGAUGGCGAUGGGGAAGAGGAGGAGGAGGAGUUGGAAGAGGAGGAGGACCACUACAGCCUCCAGAGCAGCUCCAGCGACAGCUAUACUGCCACCACACAUUCCCACAGACUGCAGCCACACCACUGCUAGGGCCCGCGUCCGCCCACGCUCAGCUCUUCUACACCGCUUCUUUAUCCCUCCCCCCACUGCAGGCAAUCAUUUCUAACUUUUAUUAUUUUGUUCUCCCCCCCCCCCCCCAACAUCGUCUGUGACCCGAGUCGUUGUUGGAUGGAGCUAAAAUGGCCAAAUCCCCGCCCCCUUGUGUGCAGCUAACAGGAAGUAGGAGCUCUGGAGGUCGGACACUCCUCUCAACCGUUUGCUGAACCUUGACAUUUUGAGACCUACUGACCGUAACCUUCCCUGAGGAUUCACGGCCCGAUUCACGGCCCAAAUCACCCCCCUCCCCCCAUCCCCCCCACCCGGACCCACACCACACUGUCCAUAAAAACACCAGAACCAGUGUUGCCAGAGGCUGGGAGAGAGAGAUGGAGAGGUAGAGGAGAUUUUGUGGUUAUGUUAGGGAUUUAUGUGGUUUCGAUACAGCUUUGACUUGUAAAUUAUGAACUGGUUUGUGGCCAAGAAAGAAAGGGAGUUUGGUAAGAGCUGAGUUGUCUACAAAUGUGAAGUUGUUUUCUUUUUAACAUGCAUUACAGAGGCGCAUAAUACAUUGUAGUUUGCCACUAAAUCAAUAUAUUUGUACACACAACACCAGCAACCCCGGUUGGACAGUAUUUUCAAUAGGAAUGUCAUUUGGUGAGGGGAACAGACUAUUGUGGCCUUCAUUAGAACAUGACAGAACUAGUCACCAAAGAAAAUAACUCCCAGAGAUGCAUGCCUAUGUUGAGGUCACUAACCACUGCUCCACACUACUGACCACUUCAACAUACCACGUGAUCAUGUGGAUAGACUACUAGUAUUCACUCAAGGAGCUGUCCAGAACUUAUUCCUCAAAAAAAAAGAAAGCUUUUCAUUGUAAAGAGCAUCCCCAGGAUUGUUUUUUGUGUUUUAAAAUUCAGUAGCAAAUUGAUGUAGCAGUGAACUUGGGAAGCUGAUGUUUUCCUCAACUGAUCCUGCGGGAUGCUAUUUUUCUCAAAGUUUUACCUCAACAUUUUACUCAUUGAAAAGGCUUAGGGCUAGUGGAGCCCCUAUCUGAUUGGCCAAUUCACAACACACAUCUAGGAAGUUAGUUCAGUUAAUUAAUUGAAACUCAAGCCAGUUGAGCUUUUGUUCUUUUUGCGUUCUGAUUAGCAAGUCAAAGCUGUUUAAGAUCAGGGGUUGCGUGAGGCCAGCUUUAACAAGUUGCUGUAUUUAGUAGGUGUUCUCAGUUAGCUAAAACUAAUCACAUUACACUUACAAAUUUAAUAUCGAUGUAUUAUCAAUAACUCAAGUCUUCUAUAUAGUUUUUAUUUUCUCUCUAUCUAUCUGGUGUUUCUAAGUCUAGCUAAAGACCUUGGUAUAGAUUAACAUAGAUCAACUGCACACAGUAACCUAUAGUCUGCAUUGCACGGUAGAAAGUUCUUGACGAAAGAGGCGCUUUUCUGCAGUUCUCUGACCACGUACUAAUCCAUAAAUCUAUUUUCCCGGGCAGUCUUUAGAGCUUGGCAUCCCAGAGCUUAAAAAAUGACCAGUACAUAAGGACAGGUCUGACCAAAAAAAAAAAUGUAUAUAAAAAAUCCCUAUAUAGAAAGCUAUAUAUAUAUAUAUAUAUAUAUAUAUAUAUAUAUAUAUAUAUAUAUAUAUAUAUAAAUAUAAAUAUAUAUAUAUAUAAAAACAAAAAAACACUUAAAAAAUACUACAUACAGGAGGAUGAUGAGCAUGUAGUCUAUAUUUCUAAAAAAUAAUUAUUCUAUUUUCCUAAUUCCCUUGAGUUCUCUUAGCCAUACAAACGCUGAGGCCAAAAAAAGCGUACAUGAAUAUGUAUAUAUAUAUAGAGAGAGAGAGAGAGAGAGAGAGAGAGAGAGAGAGAGAGAGAGAGAGAGAGAGAGAGAGAGAGAGAGAGAGAGAGAGAGAGAGAGAGAGAGAGAGAGAGAGAGAGAGAGAGAGAGAGAGAGAGAGAGAGAUAUGAGAGCGGGCCAUGACGUCAGGCUGAUGGAGGGGGGAGGGGAAACACAGUCCCCCCUCUCCCUCCCUCCCUGCUGUCCAUGUCCUGUGGCCUGGUGAGCCUGGGUGACUGUUGUCCUUAUUCCCCCCCACUCCCCCCGCCUGGUCCAUUCUCAGGUCAAACCUCUUGAUACUCUCCCACCAACCCAGUGAAAGACACACAUGCCCAUCUUCGGUGCCCCUCUGCCCGGCGGGGGGUGGGCCAAGUGCUUCGAUUUCAGCCCCCCC